UCCCAUCCUCGGCCACCGUACUCCGCGUCAUAGGUAAAUAGCUUCAGCUAGCCUGCAGAUAGCUGCUGUAGACUUAUCAUGGCAUUUACGCUGUAUUCUCUAAUUCAAGCAGCUAUCUUGUGUAUAAACGCUGUCGCUGUGUUACACGAAGAAAGGUUCCUCAGUAAAAUCGGCUGGGGAGUGGACCAAAGCGUUGGAGGGUUUGGUGAUGAACCAGGCAUCAAAGUACAGCUGAUGAACCUCAUCCGCUCUGUGAGGACAGUGAUGAGAGUGCCGCUUAUAGGCGUGAAUUCAGUCUGCAUUGUUCUGCUGCUUCUGUUCGGAUGAAGAACAGUCGAUCCAGUCUGGAUGGACCAGCCGACUGCCACAAGGCCGUCUGCUCAGGAACCACUCCGAAGAACCUGCUUCAUAACAUCCCCAUGGCGACAGCCUUAAUACGAAUGUCUCUUUCAACAACAAAUAAAGUCAUAACUCUGAUGACCUUUUCCCCACAGAGAUGAUCAGCUAAAUACAAGUUUUACAAUUCAUCGUCAGAGAUUUAAGAACUUGCAAGAAAUUGGAAUCAGUUGUUGAAAAUCAGUUGUCCGAAUGCUCAAGAAUAAAGAGCUUUUCAGAUCAAUCUGUGUUACAAAGUGUCACUGGAAAAUUUCCUGGAGGAAUUUGGUAUGUACUAUAAAAGUUAAAGGAUU